CCCCUCCACUUUUUCUGCCAUAAACUUCCGAACACCACAUUGCUGCCACAGACCCUUCUUUCCUCUAAAACCAGAGCAACAGGACUGAACCUCAAUCCUCUCCAUCUACAGCUUAGCCUCCACAUCCACUGGCAACCGGAUCACCUCCUUCAUCACCACAACAACUAGCACUCCUUUCUCCUCACUUCGCGGUUCUUCUGUCCUUCCUUCCUCUCUCCUCUCUCUGCACUAAUCGUCCCCCCCACUGCGCCUCGGCAUGGAGAAGGUGCAGCACAUGACACGGGAGGCCAUUCGGCGGGCGUCCAUCAUGGAGGUCCCCCAGCAGGCCAAGCAAAACACACAGGAGCUCUUCGUCAACUUCUGCCUCAUCCUCAUCUGCCUGCUGCUCAUCUACAUCAUUGUCUUGCUAAUCUCCUUCCACGGCAUGUGAGAGACCACUGGCAAACAAGAACCACCUCCAGUUGGGGCCGAACACACGACGCCACAGCUGAACACGGACAACCCUGCAAAUCGCCAUCCCAUCACUAUGGAUCUGAUCAAUAACCGAGGACUAAACCUGCUGCUCAACUUCCUGUUUAUUGUAGUGGCCCUACUGCUCAUGCUCAUUCUGGUCAAGCUCAUGUGAUGCCAAAAUGGCCAGAAACAAGAAUAAUGGGUAUGAGAGAGACGUAUGUUUCAGAGACUCCUACUCUCUCGACCUUCAAAACCAUUUUCAAGGUGCCUUACAUGACAUUAGACUGACUUCCACACCAGACAGGCAGAGAACGUUUCUGAUUGGCUAGUUUCCUGAUAUAGUUCCCUAUUUUACUAAAUGCUUAAGUCACAGAGACUUGAAAUAUUAAAAGUCUCUGGGAAGGUGUAAAGCACUUAGUAUUACACAAUAUAUUUGAAUCAAAUAGUGGGGACGUUCUGAAAGUCUGGUGUUAAAAAUGAUCAGUUAAAACACCGUUAACCUACAAUACACGCUUUGCUCGAGCUUAAUGGAGGAGUAAGGGAAAUACUAAAAACCGAUUGCCACCACAUCAAUCUCAAAUAAGUAAAACAUUCUUUAAAAUUCAAAACUUGAUAACAGAUCAAAAAUGCUGCUAUAUUUUAGUUCAAAAUAAUCUAAAGCUUUAAAACAGCGAGAGGAAGAAGAUGCAUGCUUUGCUUCCCUCUAGUGGUCGCUUACUCUUACUGCGUUCAAAAACAACACAAUCCCAUGAGAUUUAAGUACAUGGUUAAAUGAAGUACAGUGGAAAAUAUAGGUGAGCUUUCAAAUCACACAACACCACUGACACUAUAGAUUAUUACAAAUACAACAUGCAUUUUUUUCCAGAAAUAAAAGUUGUGCAUUCCUUAUAAGAUGUAUUUCAUAAAUUGAAGGACACGGUUGUCCUUUUAAUAAGAAUAUACACUGGUCUGCCUAUAAUUUAAUCCAAAAAUGUAAUCUUUAUAUAUUAUUCAUACAAUCACUGUGUUGUUGUUAAUAUCUGUGUGAAAAUAUUUAUGUAAUAAUACUCAUAAAUGGAAAGGAAUAACUGUGCAGUGCAGGCAGUUUGGACAAAUAAAGCAAGCACUGCAAAUAAAACACUUGCACUGUUGACAAUA